AUGGAAGCUUUUGAAUAUAAUGCAUCUGCUGCACGAGUUAUUUUCGGCAGCGGCACGGUCUCAAGGCUCUGCGAUGAAGUAGCAAGGCAGAAGCUGACAGCACCUCUGCUUCUCUCAACUCCGGAACAAGUCGGCCAAGUCAAACAGCUCAAAGUCCUCUUACAAGGCAAAGUUGCUGGUAUUUUUAGUGGUGCCACUAUGCAUACGCCAUCUGCUAUCACGGAGAAGGCCCUGGCGUACGUGGAACUGACAAAAGCCGAUGCCGUCAUUUCAAUAGGAGGCGGUAGCACAAUUGGACUUGGGAAGGCCAUCUCCAUAAGGACAGGGCUACCGCAUAUCUGUAUCCCGACAACAUAUGCGGGUUCAGAGAUGACACCUAUUCUCGGUGAGACACAAGAUGGGAAGAAGACUACGCGGAGUGAUCCUAAGAUCUUGCCUGGAACUGUUAUCUACGAUGUUGAUCUCACUAUGACUCUCCCUGUUGGUAUGAGCGCUACGAGUGGUGUGAACGCCAUUGCUCAUGCAGUUGAGGCCCUCUACUCCCGUAACGCGAAUCCUAUCAUAUCUUUACUGGCUAUUGAGGGCAUAAAGCAGUUAUCAACUUCAUUGCCCAAGAUUGUUACAUCACCCUCAGACCUCGUAUCUCGCCAAUCCGCCUUAUAUGGUGCCUGGCUAUGUGGCACAUGCUUGGGUGCAGUAGGGAUGUCUCUUCAUCACAAAUUAUGCCACACUCUCGGCGGUUCCUUCAAUAUGCCACACGCGGAAACGCACACGAUCAUCUUGCCUCAUGCUUUGGCUUAUAAUGCCCCAGCUCUACCUGAAGUCAUGAAGAGUUUAGCAGGCGCAUUGCCAGAUAGUGAUGGCGAUGCGAUAGUGGGUUUAAAUCGGCUGUUACAGAGUCUGAAAGUUAAGAGGGGCUUGAAAGAUUUGGGAUUUAAAGAGGAGCAGAUAGAUUUGGCUGCUCAGAUAGCGGUUGGGAACCCGUACUGGAAUCCGAGACCUGUUGAGAUUGGCCCUAUUAGGGAGUUAUUAAGGAGAGCCUGGGCUGGGGAAGACGCGAGGGCAGAUUUGUAG